GCCGCGCGCGGGCUGGAGCCGGGCGGCGCGCCUGUGGAGCGCUGGGGGCGGCCCGGGGCUGAGCAUGGAGCGGCGCGGCGGAGAGUCAGUCCUUAGCCCUGUUCAGACCAGAGUUGGGCAGUGGCCUGGGUCCCAGGAAGAAGUCAGGUUCCCCUGGAGGCCCUUGGCCAGGCCUGAGCCCCUGUCGCCAUGGCCAUUGUGCAGACUCUGCCAGUGCCACUGGAGCCCACUCCUGAGGCCACCACUGCCCCACAACCUCCAGCCAUGGGCAGCGUGAGCAGCCUCAUCUCAGGCCGGCCCUGCCCUGGGGGGCCAGCUCCUCCCCGCCACCACGGACCCUCUGGGCCCACCUUCUUCCGCCAGCAGGAUGGCCUGCUACGGGGUGGCUAUGAGGCACAGGAGCCACUGUGCCCAGCUGUGCCCCCUAGGAAGGCCGUCCCUGGUACCAGCUUCACCUACAUCAACGAGGACUUCCGGACAGAGUCACCCCCCAGCCCGAGCAGUGACCUUGAGGAUGCCCGAGAGCAGCGGGCACGCAAUGCCCAUCUCCGCGGCCCCCCACCCAAGCUCAUCCCUGUCUCUGGAAAGCUGGAGAAGAACAUGGAGAAAAUCCUGAUCCGCCCAACAGCCUUCAAGCCAGUGCUGCCCAAACCUCGAGGGGCACCAUCCCUACCUAGCUUCCUGGGUCCUCGGGCCGCCGGACUGUCUGGGAGCCAGGGCAGCCUAACACAGCUGUUUGGGGGCCCUGCCUCGUCCUCCUCUUCCUCCUCCUCCUCGGCUGCUGACAAACCCUUGGCACUGAGUGGCUGGGCCAGUGGCUGCCCAUCGGGGACACUGUCUGACUCCGGCCGAAAUUCACUGUCCAGCCUGCCCACCUACAGCACCGGGGGUGCAGAGCCAGCCAACGGCUCCCCAGGCGGGCACCUGCCCUCCCAUGGCCCUGGGCGGGGGGCACUGCCGGGUCCAGCCCGAGGGGCCCCUACUGGGCCCUCCCACUCGGACAGUGGUCGGUCUUCCUCCAGCAAGAGCACAGGCUCCCUGGGAGGCCGUGUGGCUGGGGGGCUCUUGGGCAGCGGUGCCCGGGCCUCCCCUGACAGCGGCUCCUGUGGGGAGCGCUCUCCGCCCCCGCCCCCACCCCCGCCACCCCCUUCGGAUGAGGCCCUGCUGCACUGUGUCCUGGAAGGAAAGCUCCGAGACCGUGAGGCAGAGCUGCAGCAGCUGCGGGACAGUCUGGACGAGAGUGAGGUGACCAUGUGUCAGGCUUACGAGGACCGGCAGCGGCACUGGCCGCGGGAGCGCGAGGCCCUGCGGGAGGACGGUGCGGCCCGGGCACAGCGGGCACAGCGGGCCCAACAGCUGCUGCAGCUGCAGGUAUUCCAGCUGCAGCAGGAGAAGCGGCAGCUGCAGGACGACUUUGCACAGCUGCUGCAGGAACGGGAGCAGCUGGAGCGGCGCUGCGCCACCUUCGAGCGGGAGCAGCGGGAGCUCGGGCCGAGGCUCGAGGAGACCAAGUGGGAGGUGUGCCAGAAGUCAGGCGAGAUCUCCCUGCUGAAGCAGCAACUGAAGGAGUCUCAGGCGGAGCUGGUGCAGAAGGGCAGCGAGCUGGUGGCGCUGCGGGUGGCGCUGCGAGAAGCCCGAGCCGCACUACGGGUCAGUGAGGGCCGGGCGCGGGGCCUGCAGGAGGCGGCCCGGGCUCGGGAGCUGGAGCUGGAGGCCUGUUCCCAGGAGCUGCAGCGGCACCGCCAGGAGGCCGAGCGGCUGCGAGAGAAAGCCGGCCAGUUGGACACCGAGGCCGCCGGACUCCGGGAACCCCCCGCGCCACCUGCCACCGCCGACCCCUUCCUCCUGGCGGAGAGCGAUGAGGCCAAGGUGCAGCGGGCAGCGGCCGGGGUCGGGGGCAGCCUGCGGGCCCAGGUGGAGAGGCUACGGGCAGAGCUGCAGCGGGAGCGGCGGCGGGGCGAGGAGCAGCGGGACAGCUUCGAGGGCGAGCGGCUGGCCUGGCAGGCGGAGAAGGAGCAGGUGAUCCGCUACCAGAAGCAGCUGCAGCACAACUACAUCCAGAUGUACCGGCGCAACCGGCAGCUGGAGCAGGAGCUGCAGCAGCUCAGCCUGGAGCUGGAGGCUCGGGAGCUCGCCGACCUGGGCCUGGCCGAGCCGGCCCCCUGCAUCUGCCUGGAGGAGAUCACCGCCACCGAAAUCUAGGGCCCUCGGCGUCCCGGAUCUGCGGGGAGCCUUGCCAAAGGGCGGGGGGGGGGGGGGGGGGGGGGGCCGCCGGGCCACUGAGGGCCCCAGAGCCGCCCGUCCCCCCACCCCGGGGGUCCAGGCCUCUGGGCCUCUGCCAAGAACUUGGGGCUGCCCUGUGACUCGGAUGAGCAAGAUCAGACUCCUCGAAGGUCCCCGUGUUCACUGUCACCCAGAGGUUCCUGCUCACUCGACCCGUUUCACUCCCCAGCUGCCGCCAUUGCCACUCUGCCGACCGCAUUCAUCCCAGACGCCCGGGGUGGGUGGGGGGGACGGGGAGUGCUGGGAAGAAGAAGGGGUUCCCUCGUUUCCACACUCCCCUACCCCGAAGCCAGAGAGAGCCAGACAGUGCCAGCUGCUCCAGAUGUGCCUGCCCCCACCCUGCCCGUGUCGGGCGACAGGGCUGGGACUGGGGUCUGACCCCCAGGUUCCAGCUCUGCAGCCUGUCUCCCAGGGUGAGGGGCUGUAGUCAGACCAAAGGAAGAACUCAGAAACGUCUUGUUUAUUUGUGUUUGUGACCAAGUGGCCCCUCCCCACACCCAGGUUUAUGGCCUCGUUUUCACUUGUGUAUUUUUCCACACUGUAAAUUUCUUGUACAAACCCAAAGAAACAAAUUAAAAUUUUUUCUGUUUGUAAAAAAA